AUGGCAGACUUAUCCACCACAGAAGAUAGCCUUGCUCGACAGUCGGACGUCACGGUCCUGAACCAGAACCCUGAACUCGCGGAGUAUGUGGGGUUUUCCACCAGCGUCGUGAGCGCCGUGUUGCUCUCGUGCUUUGUUCUCUGGUGUUUUGUACCCACCGAGUUCUUUGUACAGCAUCUUGGAUUUGACUAUUUCCCCGACAAAUACUGGACAUCUGCAGUGCCAGCAUUCUUCUUGAUGGCAAUGCUCUUCAGUUACGUGGGCCACACAUUGUACGAGGUAGAAAUCAAAACCCUCCAACUCAAUGACAUUCGCAACUUUAUCGAUGAGCACAGCGUGAUGCCAGGAAGUGAAAAGUAUGAUUUCGAAACCAUGAACGCCGAAAUGGCCCAGUAUAUCCACAAAUCCCCGUCGGGCGUGUGCGACUUGCCGGUGACUAUAGCCAACGAGGUUUUGUAUGGAGACUACGAGGAGGAUUUUGAUGAACUUGACUAA